AUGCUACAUGGUCCAUGUGGUGCUCUCAGAAAAAAUUGUGCUUGCAUGAUAGAUGGUGAAUGUCGAUUUCGCUAUCCUCGGCAGUUUUGUGAUGCUACGCAGCAAGGAAAGGACUCCUAUCCUAUCUAUAGGAGGAGGCAUGAUGGUCAUCAAGUGAAGGUUAGAGGAGCAGAGCUAGAUAAUAGAUGGGUUGUCCCAUACAACCCUGAUUUGCUUAUGCGAUUUAAUUGUCACAUCAAUGUUGAAGCUUGCUCUAGCAUCAAGGCAGUGAAAUAUUUAUUCAAGUACAUCUAUAAAGGACAUGAUCGUGCCUCAUUCUCAGUCGAUCCAGCAGUAGAGAAUGAUGGUGAAGUAAUCAAUGAGAUCAAACAAUACAGGGAUGCUAGGUUCGUGGGGCCACAGGAGUCUAUCCAUAGGAUUUGCGGUUUUGCAAUGUUCGGUGUCUCUCCCUCUGUUCUCCAACUCCAGCUUCAUCUGGAAGAUAUGCAACCUAUCACAUUCAAAGAGGGCGACAAUCUAGAUGACAUCGUCAAUCGGCCCUCUUCUUCCAGUACCAUGCUCACUGAAUUUUUCAAGAUGAACCUCGUGGAUCCUUAUGCGAGGAACUUCUUGUACAAAGAGUUCCCCGAAUUCUACCGGUGGAUCAAAGGUACAAAGAAGUGGCAAAGAAGAAAAUUGAAGGGGCGGGGUCAGAUUGGAAGAAUUGUGUAUGCGCAUCCUGCUGAAGGUGAGAGGUACUUUCUUAGAGUGCUCAUGAAUCAUGUGAAAGGUGCAACAUCAUUUGAGGAUUUGAAAAGUGUAAAUGGCAGGCUGUGCUCGAAUUUCAGAGAAUCGUGUGAGCGAAGAGGUCUCAUAGAGACCGACAAGUCACUUGAUGACUGCUUGACCGAGGUAGCUACUUUCCAAAUGCCAUAUGCUCUAAGAAGGCUUUUUGCAACUAUUCUGGUGUUCUGCGAGGUGACCCAAAUCCGAUCUUUGUGGGAGAAGCACCUUGAGUCAAUGUCUGAGGACUACCGUCGUAACCAGUCCAACCAGGUCGCAUUAGAGCAGAUGGUCCUUAGAGACAUUAGGGAUCUGGUGCAUUCCAUGGGAAAAGAUAUUGGCAGUUAUGGCCUCCCAAAUUUGGAUCCGGUGGAUGAUGAGUGUUCCAAUGGAGAAUCGAGAGAGGUACAAGAGGAGUUGUCUGUUAGUUUUGACAAAGAAGACAUAAACAUGUUUACAUCUCUUAACAAAGAGCAGCGUGUUGGUUUUGAUGAAAUCCUCUCUUGUGUUGUCAACAAAAGGAGCCAGAUUUUCUUUGUUGAUGGUCCGGGUGGCACGGGGAAGACAUAUCUAUACAAAGCACUCCUUGCAAAGGUCCGUUCGUUGGGUCAAAUAGCUAUUGCUACAGCUACAUCUGGCAUUGCGGCAUCGAUCAUGCCUGGUGGGCGCACAGCCCAUUCCAGGUUUAAAAUUCCGAUUAAGCUCACAGAUAGCAGCACAUGCAAUUUUACCAAGCAGAGUGGUACCGCAAAGUUGCUCCGUAGGGCAUCUUUAAUAAUCUGGGACGAAGUUGCCAUGACAAAGCGUCAAACUGUUGAGACGCUUGAUAGGUCCCUACAGGACAUCAUGGGAUCUGCUUUGCCUUUUGGGGGAAAAGUCGUGGUGUUUGGAGGGGAUUUUAGGCAGGUCCUUCCCGUUGUACCACGAGGUACAAGAGCUCAAAUCACUGACGCUACGCUACAGAGGUCUUAUUUAUGGGAGCAGAUUAGGAAGAUACGCCUCACGCGCAAUAUGAGGGCACAAACUGAUCAGUGGUUCUCCAGUUACCUCCUAAGAAUAGGUAAUGGAACAGAAGAGACGAUUGGUGCUAACUACGUGCGUCUUCCGGAUGACAUUGUUAUUCCUUGGACUUCCACCGAAGAACCAGUGAAUAAACUUAUUGAAGAUGUCUUCCCAUCGCUUCAUGAGAACGCUACAUCUGGAUCGUACAUGAGCGCCCGUGCCAUUCUUUCAACCAAAAAUGAGCAUGUGGACAAUCUGAAUAAAAAGAUGAUUGGUAGAUUUCCUGGCCAAGAAAGAGUCUAUUACAGCUUUGACUCUGUCGAGGAUGAUGCACGCAAUAACUACCCACUUGACUAUCUAAACUCUCUCACUCCAAAUGGCCUGCCCCCGCAUGAUUUGAAACUCAAAAUCAAUUGUCCCGUCAUUCUUCUCCGGAAUCUCGAUCCGCACAAUGGGUUGUGCAAUGGAACAAGACUGAUGAUUAGAGCAUUCCAGGAUAACGCAAUCGAUGCCGAGAUUGUUGGUGGACAACAUGCUGCAAAUAGAGUGUUCAUACCGAGAAUCCCUUUGUCACCCUCGGAGGACAUUUCACUUCCUUUCAAGUUUAAGAGGAAACAAUUCCCCAUAAGGUUGAGUUUUGCAAUGACCAUCAACAAAGCCCAAGGGCAAACCAUUCCGACUGUUGGUAUUUACCUCCCAGAGCCUGUAUUCUCCCAUGGCCAGCUUUAUGUUGCACUUUCAAGGGGUGUGUCAAGGCAGACCACUCGGAUUUUGGCCAAGCCAAAUAUAGACAUAGACCCCACCGGAAAAAGCACAAAGAACAUUGUGUACAGGGAUGUAUUGGAGGGAUAGAACAGGAGCUUUCCCACAUGCUUGAAAGAUUUGUUGAAUUCUAAAGAGGUGUACUGGCGUAAUUAAACUGGAUUUUAAUUUACAUGCUACAACUAAUGCAUGUGUGAGUUUGAGUUCAUUUCGUUUAUUAUAUUAUUGUACAUUUCAGAAGCAAAUUUAUUAUGGUUGUGCAAAACAAUAUUUCUGGUUUGUUCACCUCACAAUAUUUCUUUCUUUGACACAGUUUUCUCUGUCUUGGGUGGUGCUGAAUUACUGAACCUGCUUAUGAUGAGAUGGUGACCUCACUUCAUUCAUUUCGCCGAAGUUCGUAUUGCCUGAACCAUGGGCCGACGAGUACCUGGAUUGUGUCCUAUCUGUAGCAAAGCACUAUAUGUGAUCUAUGUUGCACUAAAAAGUAUCUUUCCUGUUCAGUGGAUGUGAGUACGCAUUGUCGCUAACUUACUGUAGUACCAUCCUGGAUGAUGAAUCCGACGUGUCGGUAUUUCACUAGGAAAUAUCAGGUUUUGUAAAUACUGCAGCGCUUGCUUAUA